AUCGCACAUAUGAGUGAAAAAAAUUAAGAAAAAAAAUAAAUAAAAAAUACAGCAAGGCUAUCAAAACGCAGAGAAAUUUAUGUAAUGAUGUCAUCAUUUUCAAUAUAAAUAAAUUAAUAAUAAUUGUGAAAAUAAAACAUGUUUUACAUGAAGAGUUCAUUCAUACUCGUGUUUGUUGUCUUUUACAUUGAGUUAAGUAUAUUUGAAGAAAUAUUAACAUAUGCAAUAUCUAGUCAAAAGAGUCAAUAUGAUGAAGACCAACAGAUGAUAAAAGCUGUUCAAGAUUCCAUCGUAGAAUGGAAGUUAAAAAAAGCGAAGCACAGACACAAGCGGCAAGCGAAUGUCGUUUGCUAUGGCGAGCUUGGAUGUUUUGAAGAUUCUGGACCGUAUGGAUACAUAGACAUGCUGCCAAGUUCACCUGAAGAAAUUGAUACCAAAUUUUACGUUUACUCGACUAAGAAUAGAUCAGAAAAUCCAUUUUUACAAUUCUCAUUCCAUGAUAUUUCUCCAUAUUCAUUAUUAAACGAGACCUUAACAACAACCACAACGCAAAAUCCAUUAACAAAUAAUCGAAUUGAUCGUCAAGAUCGCAAUGUGAGAGCGUCAAGCAGUAAUAAUAAAAGUACAUUUGAUCCAGUGAAGGUUUACAAAAAAUUCGGUGAUAUGAACAACGCGUCAAUGAGAAUAAUAGUUCACGGCUUUGGAUCAAAUUGUCGUCACGAGUGGAUAGAUGAAAUGAGAGCGGCAUUAAUGGCAGUAGAAGAAUGUUUUGUAAUGUGUGUUGAAUGGGAGAAAGGAGCGUUAUUACCAAACUACGUCAAAGCAGCUGCAAAUACAAGGCUAGUGGGCAAGCAACUUGCAUUUUUAUUGAAAGGUCUAGAAAAAAAUAACGGGUUGAACUAUACGCGAGUGCACAUCAUUGGAUUUUCUCUCGGAGCGCAUGCAUCGGGAUUCGCCGGAGCGGAACUAAAAAGAAUACAGCGAAUAACUGGCCUAGAUCCUGCAGGCCCACUUUUCGAGGGAUCCCACAUAGCAGCGAGGCUAGAUGAAAGCGAUGCAGAAUUCGUUGAUGUUAUUCAUUCGAACGGAGAAAAUUUAAUUUUGGGUGGUCUUGGAAGUUGGCAACCAAUGGGUCAUGUAGAUUUCUAUCCAAAUGGCGGUAAAAUACAGCAUGGAUGCUCAAAUUUAUUCUUAGGUGCAGUAACCGACAUCAUAUGGACAUCAUCAAAAGAAAAUGAAGGCAGAUCACUUUGCAAUCAUCGUCGAGCCUACAAAUUCUUUAUUGAUUCUGUUGCACCGCGUUGCCUUUUUCCAGCAUUUCCAUGUGAAAGUUAUGAAAGUUAUUUGAAAGGGAAUUGCUUCCAUUGUCCGAAUAGAAAAGCAAAAUCUAUUAAAAGUUCAGCAUCAAGCGAAAUAAAAAUACAUGAUCGUGUCGACUCAAUAUGCGGUGCAAUGGGCUAUUAUGCUGAUAAAUCAACAGGUAGAGGCCAAUUAUAUUUACGAACAAGAGAAGAAGAACCGUUUUGCGCUCACCAGUAUAAAAUUAAGCUGCACAACUCAAUCACAGAUUUGCCAAUUCGAACAAUAGGUCGCAUUGAUAUUGAACUUGAGAGUGAAGGUGGACUGUCUGAAACUUUUACUAUCACUGACCGCGAUGACCAAGAGAUAUUUGCCGGUGAUUUCAUUUCCAAAAUUAUUGUUCCACAUCCAGCACUUAAUUUCCCAAAGAAUCUCACAAUUACGUAUCAUGUUUAUCGUGGAUGGCUGACACGUGGCCUAUCAUCAUGGAGUGUCAAUAAAGUAAUUUUAAGUGAUAGUUUCGGUGAAAGCUUUUCAUUAUGUAAAAAUAUUGAGCUGGAAUCGGGUAUUCCCGUCCGUUUGACAUUACAAGAAGGUGAUUGCUAUGAAGAAGAAUUACUUCUUGCAGCUAUAAUGACUGAGCCUUCAACGACUACCGAUUCAAUUGAAUUAUCUCCUUCAGAAACAGCAGAAGCAUUAAAUGGGGAAAAUCUAGCGAUGGUCAAUAAAACUGGCGAAGUCAUUGAAUUGGGAAAGCACAUGAUUAUUAAAAAAAAUGAAUCUGCAACAUCAAUAAUUGCAACGAGUUCAGAAAAAUCAAUUUCAGUCAUGUCUGCUGACUCAUGGAAGCCAAUUAAAAUUAAUAGUCUUAAUGACUCAUUAGCUACAUCCAAUAGCACAAAUUCUAUUGAUGAAGACAAGUUCCUUAAUAUUGGAGAGAAAAUGCCAAAAGCUAAAACUGAAAAGCGAUCAUUUGGUCAAUCAGGUGAUGAUUCAGACCAACCAAUUCGAGAUGAUUCAACAGCUGUAGAGGAACCAAAUGAUAUUAAUGCUGUAGAAAUGAAUGAAACUGACAGCAACGAUGAAAAUAUUAAGGAAUUGAUUGAUACAGAAAAUGAUACAUCCGAUAAAUUUGUUACAGUUCAAUUGUUCCCGUACCGUCUAGGUGAUAUUUUCGAGCGUGCCGAGAAAUACGCAAAAUAUACAUUAUUUCCUUUGUUAAGUGAACAAAUCUCAAACAUUUUCAGUUUCGAUGGUAAAAAUGAAAAGGCAAAUAAUAAUAAUAAUGCAUCGCCGCAGAUGAAAACGAUGAGAAAGUUUGACGUUGAAGAUGAUGAGAGUGCAUUGAGUAUGGAAAAAGUACAAACACUACAGAAAAUGUCCAUAAAAAGCGAUAGUAUAAGACCGCCAAUUGAAAAGUUACUCAACACCAAUUACGAUUUGAAAGAAGACGAUGAAAUGGAAAGUGUUAGAAUUAACUUACCUACCUAUAAACCACCACGAGAUAGUGACAAAAUAUUCAUUCCGAUUGAUAGAGGGAGUGUAUAGUGAUUCAUAGUGACUUAAUAAAGAAAUUUUUAAUUUUUGU